GCAAAAGGGCUGUUAGUGCUGUUUUUGUGGAGCCAUUGCGAGUAGCAGUAUUUCUAUUGCAAAAAAUGAAUAUCGUGGGACUCGCUGGUCACAGAUCUCUUGCCGGGCUUCAAAUUUCAAGACGAUGAGAGAAACAAGGCAAUAAAAUUGCGAGAUUUGCUUGGCCAUGUGACCGGAUUUCCUGAAAGACUUCCCGCACCUUACGAUACAAAUGAAGAGUUCGUCGAAAUAAUCCAAUGUACAGAACCAGUCAUGACGACGCGUGAAAGUUUCUGCUAUGUUGACAGUAAUUAUUAUCUGGCCGGAGUUAUACUUGAACAUUUGACGGGUAAACCCUAUAUAGAGUUGGUGAAAGAACGAAUACAUGCCCCAUUGAAUAUGAACACGUCAUUUCCAUCAAGAGCCAAAACGUACGAUCCCUCCUUUGACAAGUGGUCCUAUAGCCAUGUCAUAAUAAAUGGGACGAUCGUUGUCAAUAGACAGCCAUGGGGAAGGGAAGGUGACCGGACUGAGACCUUAGGGGCGGCAGCAUGGGGACAUAUGACGACAGCGGAAGAUAUGGCGGAGUAUAUGAAGUUUCACCUAGGGGCGUAUAGAAAUGACGGAUCCACCAAUCCAGUUGUAGACCCUGCAAUAUUGAGGGAAAUGUACGAACCGAAGGAAUCAAUCAAUUUCUACACCUCGUUCGCUGAGAUAGACGGCCUGGAAGAUUUGCAAGAAACAUGGCGAGUAUAUGACUAUGGCAUGGGAUUUUGGAUUGGGAAUUAUAAAGACACAGACUUCAUACAACACGGUGGUUUCGGAUCCCAUCAGACUAUUCUAACACUGUUUGAUGACUGGAACAUUGGCAUAUAUUCAUCGUCAAAUGGACCUGGUGGUAGGUCCGGCGGCGGGCUCAACGGACACACUACGAUGUCAUUCAUUCAUUUUUAUAUCGCAGACAUCCUUCGGGGCAAUACUCCAAUCUAUGAUAUCGAAUACGCUUGUCAAUACACUCUUCCUGAUAAAUACGGUGCUUACUGCGGACCUUUCAACAUAUUUCCUGAUUAUAG